CUACUCCAUGCUGUUGGUCAGCGGGCUGCUGCUCCUGUACUACAACACCUACACGGCCUGGGCCCUCUACUACUGCUUCCUUCAUUGUCCACUACCCUGCCCUGGCAUCUCUCACCGACUGCAUGGAACAAGUCAACAUCACCAUUCAUCAGCUCAGCGCUCUGUUAGCUGAGGACACGACUACUCCUGUCGCAGACGACAACACCACCACCUAUGCAUACUCAGUGAAUUUCAACUUCUCUGACCCCACCACCGUGACCCCGGUCUACACCAGCGGACACAACCACAGUCUUGUAACCAUCAUCGCAGGAUUCUACCGCUGCCACUACGCACAAAAGUUUUUCUAUGAAAGCGUACUGGGUCUUACGUCAGGCUUGGGGGACAGCGGGGAACUACAGGUGUACCUGUCACUGUGUCUGAUGUUGGUCUGGAUUGUGACAGGUCUCACCGUCGCCUGGGGACCUCUCUCAAUGAGUCGGGUGUCGUACGUCUCUAGCACAGCGCCGGUCAUGCUGUUGAUGGUGCUGCUGGGAGCGGUGUGCUCCACUGAUGGGAGUGUCAGGGGUCUUCGAGCUUUCCUCACCCCUCGCUGGACACAGCUGGCCAGAGUUCAGAUGUGGUGGGACGGGGCUAAACUCGUGCUGACGGGCUCCGUCUGUGGAACCGGCGCCAUCAUCUCCUUGUCUGCCUGGGCCAACUUCCACAGCAACUGCUUCAGGAACUCUGUGAUUAUCACUACCGUUGCGGUGCUGACCACACUUCUUGGCGGCUGUACGUUGUUUGCUGCGCUCGGAGGUCACCUCUUUCUGGAGCUUACAGACGUCAAACAUUUGCACCUGUCAGACGUGGACCUGAUGUUCGCGCUGCUGCCCUCGCUGACGGCCUACCUGCCCUGUCCGCCGCUGUGGUGCAUCUUAUGGUUCGGGCUGCUGGUGGUGGGCAGCAUGGGGGUACAGGGGGCGCUGCUGCACAACCUGCACAGUGGUGUUGUCUCCCUGGCCCGAGCCUCUCAUCGCCAGGCCGCCCUCUUCCUCCUGGCUGUUCUUGUCCUCCUCUUGUUUCUUUUAAGCCUCAGCACCGUCACUCAGGGAGGUCUGUACGUGGUGCAGUUCCUGGAGCGCGCUGUGUACCUCCUGGCCGUGCCGGCCGUGUGUCUGGCCGAGGUGCUGACACUCAUGUGGCUGUACGGCGUCCAGCGCCUGGCCAACAGGAUCUCGGACAUGACGGGAAAAUCCGAGAGCUUCCUGUGGAAGUGGAUGUGGAAGUUUCUCUGUCCCACAGUGCUGACCGGGAUCAUCAUCGUCUCUUUCGUCACGAGCUCCUCCUUCACAACCUCCACAACAUCGUUGUUAUCGGCUCUACCAUCCUUCCUGCCAUUUUCCUCUUCGUCGACAUCAUUAUCAUCAUCGUCAUCGUCAAUAUCUCCAUUGUUAUCGUCGACCUCCCCAUCCUGGCCAUUGUCGCCGUGGCCGUCGUUACCCGGAGCAUCGGCGGAUCCGCUGUCCUUGUCGUCAGCAGCCUCGUCAGGGUCGCCAUGGGUGACAGGGUUUGGCUGGCUGCUCACCUGUCUACCCUUGACACCAUUCCUCAGUGUCGCCACCUACAUGGUUUUCGUCUCCACUGGGACCUUCACUCAGAGACUGAAGGCACUGGGUACAACCCCCAGGGCGUGGGGACCUCGACACCAUGAGCACGAGCCGCAGCUGGAGCUGCCUGAUUACGUCAUCUGCAGCCCCGACGUGUACCGGCCAGCCAACGCUCUGGCCCUGCUGACCGCCAACCUCUACCUGCCCAACCUCUCCAACUUCCUGUCCAUUCAACAGGAGACCAAGGACACCAGCGAGAUGAGUGGCGGGUACCUUGCCGACCUGAUGACCAUCGCCAGCUCAGAGGACGACUCCGGGAGGACGAGAACAAGGCGAGAGGUAACUGGGGAGGCCGCUUCGAGUUCGUCUUCACCUGUCUCGGCUACGUCGUCGGCCUCGGCAACAUCUGGCGCUUCCCUUACCUCGUCUACAGAAAUGGAGGAGGUCAGGCGUCGUACUCUUUCCCCCUCUCCCUCACAACACACACAGGCCCUCCUUUUUGCCCAUACACGGUUUCCCCAUUGCCCACACGCUGGCUCUCCAUUUGCCCACACUGACACCCAAACUUGUUUUGUCCAAACCCUCUUUUUGCUUCUGUACUCACACAUUUAACAAUUUUUUACGUUC